AAACCCUUCCGGGUGUGUAAUGCUGGGGGGGUGGGGGUGGGGGGGUGCAUGAGGAAGAAAAAAAAAAAGGUGGGUUCGUCCGAGUCCCUGCGGCCGCUGCCGCCGCCGCCGGCAGGGCCCUUGCCCCUUUCCCUUGUGCGAGCGACAGCGCUGGGGCGGCGGUGAGACUGCGGACCCGCGGUGGCCAUGGCCUUGGCAUAACCGAGCCUCCCGGGCGGCCGGGCGGGUGCAGAAGGCAGGGUUGGACGACGCGAGAGGGAGCCGCUGCCCAGAGAGAUCAGCUGAGCUGAGCUGCGGGCAGCGAGGAGAGCGGAGCCCGCAGGCCUGGGCCAGCUCUGCAGCGCCUGCGGGAAGCGGGGGUCCCUGGGCCCCUUUGUGUACAGGGCGGGGGAGGGGUGCCGGGCUGCCCCGGGCUGUGGACUCCUCUGACGCCCGCCUUCCCCGCUGGGGUGCCCUCCCCACUUUAGCGGCCCCCACCCCUUUUCUCCAGAGGGGGGGCCACGAUUCACCUCCCACCCUAGCUGGGCUUCUCCAGACUCGCCCUCCUCCCCACGCCCCCUGCCUGGGCUGCAGUUCCUAUAGGAAGGGCAUUACCAUCCCAUCCCCACCCACCCCGACACUUCGCUCUUUCCCCUCCCCCUCCUUUAACUUCCUCUUCUUCCCCCUUUGGGCCGGCGACUGCUCUGCACUCUCUUCCCCAGUUCGCUGAUUUCCGCCCACCUUCCGCCUCGCUUAGCCGCACGGCUGCUGGCGUGUGUUGAUUCCCCCCCCUCCUGUUAGGAGCUGGUGAAGGUGAGACUCAAUGAGGGAAUACAAGGUAGUGGUGUUAGGCAGCGGAGGGGUUGGCAAAUCUGCCCUGACUGUGCAGUUUGUCACUGGGACUUUCAUUGAGAAAUAUGACCCCACCAUUGAAGAUUUCUACCGCAAAGAGAUCGAAGUGGACUCUUCUCCCUCCGUACUGGAAAUUCUGGACACCGCAGGAACUGAGCAGUUUGCUUCCAUGAGAGAUCUCUACAUCAAAAACGGCCAAGGUUUUAUCCUGGUUUACAGUCUGGUUAAUCAACAGUCUUUUCAGGAUAUCAAACCAAUGAGAGAUCAGAUUGUCAGAGUGAAGAGAUAUGAGAAAGUCCCGCUAAUCCUGGUAGGAAAUAAAGUGGAUCUGGAACCCGAACGAGAGGUUAUGUCUUCAGAAGGCAGAGCUCUGGCUCAAGAGUGGGGCUGUCCUUUCAUGGAGACAUCGGCAAAAAGUAAAUCAAUGGUGGAUGAACUUUUUGCUGAGAUCGUCAGACAAAUGAACUAUUCAUCCCUGCCCGAGAAGCAAGAUCAGUGUUGUACAACUUGUGUUGUCCAGUAAAGAUAACCUCAGUCAUGGCCAUACCGAGCAGAUAAACUCAGAGGAAAUUUGCACAGAUGCUGCUUUGGAGAACUUUACAACCUGGGUUGCAGAACUGAGCCUUGGUAAACCUGUCUCUAUUACAGCAUGUUGCCAUACAUUUUGUUAAGUGGAUAAGGUCUUUGGCCUUCCAGAUUCAUCGACCUUAAACAGAAAUGCUUAGCACAUUUCCCAUAUGUUUAAAAUCUGUUCUUUAUCAAUCAGUCCUUUUAUAGCUUUCUAAGUUCUCAAUGAUCGCUAAUAUGCAAGAGUUAAUUUUUAAUAUUUUAAUUGAUUUCUUUAAUCAGUUUCUCAACUUGUAUUUAUUAAAUACUCAAGCUCAGUAUUACCUACUCAAUGCCUUUUAAAAGAAAGUUAUAAUGGAGAAAAAAUUGAGCCUUAAACAAAUGGUUACUUCUGUAUAUUACCUCGCGCCAGUGCUUCGUUCUACUUGUAAAAUCUUUCUCCUUUAAACGGUUGGUUAAUACUUUGAGACUUUGUUUACGUGUGGCAGUGUUGUAAAAAAGAAAUUAAAGAUCACACUUUACCUGGAUGGGUGGAAUAUCCCUUUUCUUCUAGUGCAGUUUGUGAUGUGUUUUUUGGAGCUAACAUAUUUGGAAAGUUACAACUGAUAUUUGAAAUUAAUUGUAGAGCAUUUAGCUGAAGAGUUCAGGAUUUGAUUCCAUUAGGUUUUCACAUGUGUUAAUCCCAUUUACAGCAUCGAGUUGCAGCAGUAACAUUUUCCUUUCUGUGAAGUGCUAAAUUUAGUUAUGACCUACUUAGUAAUGCCUUUGAAAAGGGAUAUUGUAUCCAUGGUAAAUGAAUUGUGUAUCUAAACAGAGAUAGCUCAGCUUUGCCUGUCAGGCUUGUAAUUGACAUCUAGUAGACUUCUGCACAUGUAAAAUUGAAUUCUAAUAAAAUCAUAUACACUUUCAAGUUCUUAAUAUUUGUCUUUCUGACUAAUAGUUUAAAGCAAUAUUUGUUAAAGUUUUCUUGCACUAUCACAAUUGCUUUUUAGUUAUUUCUCAAGAAGCAUGUUCGUAGUAGAGACAAAAAUCUGUGUAACAGGAGGGAGGAUAGCACCAAGUCUCUGGGCUUGUGGGUUUUUUGUUUGUUUGUUUGUCUGUUUGUUUUUUCUGUUUUGUCUCGUUUUUUUUUUCUUUUGCAAAUGUGCUUCUAAUAGCCAUUGCCUUCCAUGUUUACCUAAUCAGCACAUUUUGUCUGAAUACUUGAACAUUUUAACAGUAACACAGGUAAAGAAACAAAAAGGAGACUUAUAAAAAGUAAUCUUUUGAUUCCGUUUUAACAGCAUAACAACAAGCAAGGUUUUUUUGUUUUUUUUUUCCUAGUAGUGAUUACAACAUUUUGUAAGUUGAGCAGUAUUCUAUUGUUGGGUUUUCUUUGGUUUUAGUUGUGUGCUUUUUAAUUUGCAGGAUUUAGUAGCUACAACUCACCUACUGCACCAAAGUUCUCGAUCUUAGGAGCCCAGCUUUAGUCAUUUGAACAUGCUUCUAAAUAAAACAAAUCAGAACAAAAACCAAAACUGUGCUUGUGAUCUGUAAUAGCUCAAUGACUUUGUCAAGGAAAGCUCUACUAUAUGCAGUGGUGGUUUAUGGAAGGGUGUGGCGAUUUGAAUUUAUAUUGUGUGUGCUGUUCAAAUAAAGUGAUAAUCUACAUUCAUGUGAUUUAUUGGUCAGCAUGGCCACUUAUUAUUGUGUAGAAAUCGAUUAAACUUUGAUAUCCUUUUUUUUUAAACCGUGUUGCAUUUGAUUCCUGAUCAAAUUCCCUUUCACAGGGAUUUUGAAUUUUGAAUUGUGACGGUGGAGACCAUUGAAAACAUUGUUCCGUAUUUCUAAACUGCUUGAAAUAAAUAACUCGUUCAAGUUUGCACUUUAAAAUCAAACUUAAAAGUUAACACUCAGCCCAAAGUGGGUUAUAUGAUUAUGAAUGAUCUUUAUUAGUGUAUAAAAUUCUAAAGGAAUCAGAUAAUUCAUAAUGGUUUACAUUUUCUGCACAUGGAGUUUUAUAGUGCGUCUUUCCUAUGAUGAGUAUUUCCCUUCCUUCCUCUCCCAUCCAUCUCCCUUUUCUUCUCUGUCCUUUUGUCCCUCUCUCCCUUGUUUCUUCCCCUUCCCUUUAGUGUACAUGUGUAUCAUUGAUCUCAGCAGCAAAUUUAACUUGAAUUCACUUCAGUUAACAGGAAUCAGGGGAAAGUGAUUUAAAGGUGGUUUCUCCAGCACAUUUUAAGAAAAGGGACCAAAAGUUAUUUUAGCUUCCUCAAUAGAUUGCAUGUCAAGUUGCUCACUAGAAUAAUAAAUUAAUAUUAAAUGCAAUAUAUGUCUCGUCGCUACUUUGGCAUCUGUUUUAGGAGUUGUUCAAAUCACCACAGUAGGGCUCUGCAAAUAAAAUCCUGUAAUGAUCUAAUGUACUGUAACUUUAUCAAUGAAAGGUAAAAAUCGCAACAAGUACAAACAUUGAACAAUGACCUAGAAAGAUUUGUAAAAGUAAAAAUUUUCCAAUAGAUUUCAUUCUUGUCAUUUUGUAAAACAACCCUGCAGUUCACCUGUUUGUAACUUUUUUAAUAAAAUAGACAUCUGUAUUACUGAA